AUGGCUACUACCGAUUCAACUAAAACACUAAAAAAAUUCAGAAAUAAAAAGUUAAUUACAGAUGGAAAUAAAGCACGCAAGAAGCAAAGUCCAAUAGAUAUUACAAAUGAAAUAACUGAUCAGGAUAGCAUGUUGAAAGCAUCGAAACUUCAAUUUUCCUAUACGAUCGGCGAUUUGAAAACAAUCGAAGUUACCGGCGAAGGUUUUUCAUGUAAAACUGAUAACGGAUGUACUUCAGAAUUAACUGCGUCACAUCUUCCGGAUGUUUACAAACUUUGGGAAUUCCACGCUCAUUGGGGAACAGAAAAAGAUUGUGGCAGUGAACAUUUAAUUAAUGGAAAAGGCUUUUCCGCCGAGGAAGACUCAGUUGAUAAUGAAAAUUUUUCGCCAAUCAUCGAUGGUCUCAGCAGUUCAUUAGCCUGUUUAAGCCGUGUCAACUUGGGACCAAAUUUUGAUCCACUCAAAUUACUUCCAGUGAAGCACUCGUAUUAUACGUACGAGGGGUCACUGACCACGAAACCAUUUAAUGAGUGUGUCAUCUGGACAGUACUGAAACAUCCCAAUACCAUAAGUUUUAAACAGCUGGAAUUAUUACGACGAAUUGUCCCCAGAAAUUGUCGAUUUCAACAUCCGUUAAAUGAACGUAGAGUGAAGCGCUCAUUUAAACUUAUUAAAAAAUCUCAAUGA